AUGUCUUUCUGCAGGCGUGCUGAGGUUUUCUGCCUGGCUGGACUGUGUUUCGCAGCCUUUGUCCAAGCAUCCGCAGCACCGAUUGUCGUGGAUCGCACUCACACAUCGGCCACUUUUGACGGUAUUGGAGGCAUAAGCGGAGGUGGUGCAACUAGUGUUCUGCUUCCUCACUAUGCCGAGCCAUCGCGCUCCCAGAUCUUGGAUUAUCUGUUCAAGCCCAACUUCGGCGCCUCAUUGCAGAUCCUGAAGGUGGAGAUCGGGGGCGACUCGCAGUCGACGGAUGGGACGGAGUCCUCUCACAUGCACACAGAAGACAGAAUCGACCUCCACACCGGCUAUGAGUGGUGGCUGAUGCAGGAGGCAAAGAAACGAAAUCCGGAGAUCAAGCUGUACGGGCUUGCCUGGGCGUUUCCUGGGUGGGUCGGUGAAGGGUCUGGCGACCCCUUCAAGUUUCCGGAGAAAACGGCACGAUACCUGGUGGCAUGGGUUGCUGGGGCAAAGACGGAAUACGGGCUCGACAUUGAUUAUUUGGGGAUCUGGAAUGAGCGGGCCUCCGACAGCAAGUUCGUGCAGGUCCUGAGAAAAACUCUGAACCAGGCCGGCUUCGCUAGAACGAAGCUGGUGGUUAAGGAUGGCACUCUGGAUAUUUGCAACGAGCUGCUGAAAGACAAGGCUUACGCGGAUGCUGUGGACAUAGUGGGUUUGCACUAUCCCAGCGACUUUGCAGAUUUUUCCGCAUGUCGCCAGCUGGGCAAGCCUGUCUGGGCUUCAGAGGAAUCUUCGUCCUACGACGACUUGAACGGUGCUGCCUGCUGGGGACGUGUGAUCAAUUCACACUGGGUCAUCAACAGGAUGACUUCUUCCAUUAUGUGGAACCUGGUAGGUGCCUACUAUCACGGUACCGACUGGUAUGCUAGCUCCAUGCUGACGUCGGUCGAACCCUGGAGCGGCCACUACGAGGUGAACCCGGUCAUUUGGGCGACGGCGCACGUCACCCAAUUCACGAAGAUUGGAUGGAGGUAUCUCGCCAACGGCUCAGGGUCGGGCGAGCUGCCGCGCGGAGGGUACUACACUGCGUGGGUGGAUCCUUCCUCAGACGACUUCACUAUGAACUUCGUGAAAAUCUCGCGCGACCACGCCUCCUGUACUCGGCCUCCGCUACCCAACUUCCAGGUCGAGGAGGAAACCUUGACAGUCUUGCUGUCUCCUUCGAUGCGUCCACCACACGAGCUGGAAAUCUGGUAUUCCAACUUUGAGUCUUACGAUGCGGAGCCGCCCGUAUUCAAGCAUUCCACAGUACGGGUCCUGAACGGCAAGUUCUCGCUCAAGGUCCCUGUUGGUGCAAUGAUUACGGUGACCACGAUCAAGACUGGUCAGAAGGGAAGCUUUUUUGGGGGGAUUCCGCCAUCGUCGCCUUCUUUCCCUUUGGACUAUGCGGACGACUUCCAGAGCUCAGCAGAUUCGCAGAAUGCUAGGUGGUUUGCCGACCAGAUCGGCUCCUUCGAGAUCCACCGAGUAGAGGAUGGCCUGCGCAGCCUGAAGCAGAUGGUGCCUCUCCUUCCCAUCGGCUGGACGGACAAAGGUUCCAGGGGACCAAUGACCCUCAUCGGCAUGCGCGAGUGGCAAGACAUCAAGGUUCAAGUGUCCUUCCGGCUGCCUCCGCCAGCGGGCCGAGUGCCAGCAGAUGCUGCCUGUGUCGGAGUCCGGACGGACCAGAUGUGGAAGAAUGGCGUGGUCUUAUGUGUAAACUACGACGGACAUUGGGAGCUCUUGAACUCCGGACCGCCGCUUCAAGGAUCUCCUGCCCCUGCGACGCCACUUGCUUCGGGCAUGACGAAGCCCAUUGGCAGCUCCUGGCACGUACUGUCGUUGGAAGUUCGCGGAUCCGCCCGAGGUGUUCUUGACGGUAACGAGCUGCUGUCAUCGGUCCCAGUGCGGGACGUGGACACAGGCUUCGCUGCUAUUGGAGCCAACGGAUGGUUCCCCAUUGAGUUCCGGAACUUCUCCGUCUCCAAGGAGCAAUGGCCUGUUCCAGCAAGCUGCUUUGCCGUGGUGCCUGGCGCGGUGCUGACAUCGGAGCCCUGCACCCGCAACGGCUACUACCUGCAGGAGCAGGCGUGGGAGUUGCUUCCCUCCUACCAGUUGAAGAAUUCAGGCUUUUGUGCCAGUGCCGGUGCACAGGGAGCCGUGACCUUGGAGUUCUGCGAUUCCGCGAAACCGGCGCAGUUGUUUCUGAAUGACUACACCCGGGUCCGUAACACGCUGGUAGAAUUCACUUCGAAAGCCGUGAUGAAGCCGCUGGCGGGGGACAAAUCCGGCGCCGUGUUCGUUGGAAAGGCUGGAGACUGGAGCAAAUGGACAUACUUCCCGAACACCAAGCAGCUUCGCAACCAGUACGUGGCAGACGUCAGCCUCGGAUAUCCCAUGUGUCUGACGGCUUGUCCGAAGGAGGAUCUGACGCAUAAGCCGGCCAGCUUCUUCACGUGA